AUUUGCACUUACGUUGUUGCUCCACCUAUAAGAAGUUUGUCUGUUUGUACAUGAAUUUGUAUCACAGCCACAAAGAAUUAAUGGAUGAAGAUAAUGCAAAAUGGGAGGUUAACUUUUGAGAUGUGUUUUGUUUAGAGGUAAAAACACACAGAGAGAGAGAAAGAGAGAGGGGGGGAGAGAGAGAGAGAACAAGAGAGAGGAAGUCAGCAAUCAGCACUUCUUAGAUCACCAGUGUCUACCAAGAACAUCUUAUUACAACAACGCUGUGAAGAAAGAGGGACAAAAGCAGAUUUGUUAUAUUAUUGUACCCUUAUCCUUUCUGUAAAAAAAUGAAGGACAGAUUACAGGGCUGUUGCGCAAACUUUUUCUUUGAAUACGAGACUCCUCGUCAGGUUCUGGUCAGGAACAGAAGAGUUGGAAUUGUGUGUAGAUUCAUCCAGAUGUGCGUUCUAGCCUACAUCAUAGGGUGGGUGUUCAUGUAUGAGAAAGGCUACCAGACAGUGGAUACUGCCUUUGGCUCAAUAUUGACCAAAAUGAAGGGACUUGCCUUUACAAAUAUCAGUGGAGAGGAGAGGAUAUGGGAUGUAGCUGAUUAUGUCUUUCCAGAACAGGGUGCCUCGUCUUUUGUCGUGAUGACAAAUUACAUUGCCACCGUGGGACAGACACAGGGCAAGUGUCCUGAGGUGCCAAACGAGAAGAAUAAGUGCAUGUUAGACGCAGACUGUGAUGAAGGCAAAUACAAACGUACGGGAAAUGGGUUCAUGACGGGCAAGUGUGUGAAUAAAACCAGUACUUGUGAGGUCUACUCCUGGUGUCCCAUUGAAGAUGACCGUAAAAUACCAGAUCCUCCAGUAUUGAAAGUAGCAGAAAAUUUCACUCUGUUCAUCAAAAACUCGAUCUCUUUCCGCUAUUUUAAUGUUGUCAGGAGUAACCUGGUAGAAGGUGUGGAUCAGGCGUACAUCAGUAGCUGUCAGUAUGACCCAAUAAAUAAUCCACUAUGUCCUAUCUUCAGACUGGGAGACAUUGUGGAGCGUUCUGGGUUGAAUUUCUCGGAAAUCGCACGUUUGGGUGGGGCUAUAGGAAUUCUCAUUGAAUGGAAUUGCAAUCUGGACUUCCAAAUCAAAUACUGCAAACCACAAUAUGAAUUUUAUGGCCUUUAUGGAACUGGGAGAAAUGAUAAGGAGGAGAAACCAUCACUGGGAUACAAUUUCAGAUAUGCUAAACAUUAUUUGGAAAACGGCAAGGAGAAGAGAACAUUAAUGAAGGUGUUUGGUUUAAAGAUAGACAUCGUUGUUUAUGGACUGGCGGGAAAAUUUGAUAUUAUCCCAACGUUGACAGCUAUAGGCUCAGGAGUAGGAAUUUUUGGAGUGGCAACCGUUGUGUGUGAUGUGCUCCUUCUCCAUUUACUUCCAAAAAGAGAUUUCUACAAAAACAUGAAAUUCAAGAAUACAGAAAUGCUAGAAGAGAAGCCCGCGUUAUCAGCGACAGAAAAAGAGAAACAAAAGGAGUGAAGAGAGAGAGAGAGAGCGGCUGCCAUGACUACUGACUAAAUCUGCACUGAAAAACAGCAUCAAUACUGGAACACAUGCAAAAGAACCGGGAGAUAUUGUAUAACACGCUCCAGAACAAGUUCGAGAUGAAUUCAACUGCACUGUAAAAAAUGCAGUUAAAACAACUUGAUUUUGCAAGUCAAUUCAAUAUAAUUUUGAAAUUGAUGUUGAAAUUGUUUAACUUAAUUUGUAAAGUUAAAGUAACAUAAAAUAUAUGUUGAUGAUUUGA